AUGGUGAACAUAGCUCGUUUGAUGGUUGGCGCAUUUCUCAACCUUGAAAUAUGGGCAUUGCUGAUUUUGAAUGUGUUUGUGCUUUUCUGCAUUGUGAAAGGUCGUCUUCAUUUGAAAAAAGACAAUUCUGUGUACUUGUUAGCGAGUUUUAACAUAGUAUCUGAAAUACUUCAACAGAUCCUACAUGCCUCCUACAUUGGACCUAUGAUCAUCACUGGAAAAUGGUUUUUCGAGGGACAAGAUUCCUUGGGUGUUACCAUAGUAUCUAUGUGGUUUCUCAUAAUUUGGUAUAUUGGAUCAAUGGUGCAGUUGUUGUUUGCGACAAAUAGGUAAGA